AUGGCGGAGAGAUUGGCGCCAGAGAAACGCCACAGCUUCGUGCAUGAAGGUAUGAUUUAGCGCAGAUUCGCAUUUAUUUUGCCUUUCUUUCCCGAAUUUUCCGUUCUGAUGAUCCGUGAUGGAGAGGAGCAUCCUCAUUCCAUGAUGACCCGAAUCGAAUGGAAUUGCGACCUGCUUAGAUCUAUAACCUUGGAGGGCUUGAGCAGGAAAGAAGGUUUUCGAGUGGGACCAGACCCUAGAGGAAGUGAACAUGUAUAUCCCCCUCCCUCCAGGCAACAUACCCACCAAGUUGUUCUACUGCAAAAUCCAGCCCCAGCACAUCGUCGUCGGCAUCCGCGGCAGCGACCACCCCUUCCUCGACGUAUGCUCCCCCUACCUCGUCUUUAUUAUCAAUUGCUGAGUCUUUAUCAGGAAACAAAAAUGAACUUUAUAUUACUCUUCACUUGUUCUGCAGCAUGGUCUGACCGCUCCAGUAAAGACUGACUCCUCAUUCUGGACGCUAGGUGCGUAUUCUUCGUCUCGACUUUAUUCAACAAAACGUCUCACCUCCUCGGGCGUUUUACAGCUCUACGUUUCUGGUCUCACGACAAAUUGGGCGUCUUACAGCUCUGAAUGCACUUGUUAUGGGUGUCGUUGUAUGCAGAAGACGGUACGAUGCACGUGUCCCUACAUAAGAGGGACAAGGGGCAGGCAUGGUCAUCUCCGAUACAUGGUCAAGGACUGCUGGACCCAUACUUGGCCGAUCUAGAGCAAAAGCGCCUCAUGCUGCAGAGGUUCCAAGAGGAGGUGCGUUACUUAUUCAUCUCUUCGCCCCCUCAUAAAGUCCCACAAUCCUCAGCUAAUGUUUUUUCCGGUUUUUUAUUGCCUCAGAGAAACCGAAGUUCCCACUGUUGUGUAACAAAAAUUCAGACCUGUUACUUCUAAUGUGUUGUUUUUUCAUCCUCAAUAGCUUUCUUAGAAUAGUGACAAUUCUAUAUUGUCAAACUGGUAACCAUCUAUCUAGUGUUAGUCCAGUACGUUGAUUUCCGCGACCCAGGAGUUGAGAAACGUAGCUGUGAAACGUGGGUGUGGGGCUCGGUCCAUAUAGCUACUUAAUUUGCAGUCAAUGUGGUUGCUCUAAAAGGUAUGAUUUACGGGAAUGAGGAUACCAUAAUUUUACCCAGAUAUAGUUGAAAAUGGGUCAUAUGAGUAGACUUUAUGAUGACUUUUUUAUCUUCUUCCUGGGAAUGCUUGAGUGGAAAACAAAAAUGGCAUAUAAAAACAUGUUUCCAAUGAAAGAGGCAAAGUUAUACAGGGGUUCUUUUCUUUAUUGGGGAGUACUAGUGUGAGGUGGACUGGGGAAAAGGCCACUAUGUGAUGUGGGGAGCCUUGGAUAUGGAGAAAAAAGAUACAGAAAUUGUAUGGUUAGGGUUAGGUGGCAUUGGAAAGGCUGUAAGCAUGAUAGCGUAAGUAAGGUAGCCAUAGGAAGAGAAUAUAGGACAAAAGAACAAUUGCUGAAUGAUCAAAGAUACGAAGGAAAUUCUAUGUUAGUUCCCGUAGAGUAAACAUUUACCAUCAUAAAAUUAGUGGGGAAGCUUUCUGAGAGAUUUCUAUUACUAUUGAUAUUUGCUAUUUCGGGCGCAUAUUCCAUUCUUUCUGUUUUAUGAGAGUGGAUUUGUUAACCUUUAAAAAAUAUGACAUCUGAGGGAGACCCAAAUAAAAAAUUCAGUCAUCUUCAAUGUGACAAGUCUGAAUAGGAUUUUGAGAAUCUGUUGCGAAAGAAAUCUGGCAGAGGUUGUGGAUGAUUAAAAUAAGAUGCCAGAUUUAUCAACCGGCCUUUUUAAAGGACUUCUUUCGUGAAGUAGAAAUGCAAAUCUUAUGCAUGAUGAAAGGAUGCUACAAAAAAUGAACACCAACCUGAUGAUCAAUACAAUUCAUUUGCCAUAUAUGCUAUUUUAUGUGAGGAUUCAAUUAAUCUCCUGUCUGGACUGGCUAUCUACACAUUUCUACUAACGUUUGGAUGAGAUUUUAAAGCUACUGUUGCUAGUCUUAGUCUUCUGAGAAAAUCAACUUUUCAAAGAAGAGCUGAGCCAAUAUCAGAUUUCGGGGAUUGUAAAAUUAAUUAGAAGAGUGACCCUUUGGAUGAAAGAUUUCUAUGCAAUUUAGUCUACCACAACCAAGAUGUUAGUUGUAAUUUUUUUUAUAUUUUUGCAAACAGAUAUGUUAUUUAUUCUGUUGUUAAGAUACUUGAGAUAAUUUAUCCUUCUAUAGCUAUUUUGACCUGAAGAUGCUUUGGAUGAACAUGUAGAAAUUUGAAUAUAGGGUAAAGACAGUAUGUAUCUCAUUGGAUGAAGCUGAUUAUAUAAGUUUCAAGGAUAAAACCUUUUUAAGGAGUCUUUAGUGUGAAACCCACUCAACAAGCUUAUUGGAUUAACGCAUAAACAAUGAACUCUAUAAGUUUCUUUGAUAAAUUCCUUUCAAAGUUGGCCAUGAUGUCAUUCUGCAAUUCUGAGGUGUAAAAAAGGAACAAAAAAUUUCCUUUCGCAGUGUUCCAUGUGAUGAAGCUCAAAUAGGCAAGUUUAUAGGAUUCAGCCUAUUUAUUAGUCUAUAUGAUGCCAGGGCUCUUGACAACUUUCAAGACUUGGGUAUGUUUUGAAAAGUUGUGGAAUAAAACAUAUUUAUUGUAUUUAAAAAUGAGACCCAUUUCACAGAUUUAUGGGUUUAAGCCAACUUGAAUACAUCUUUGAGAUGGGCCUAUUGGGAAAUUUGUGCCUCAAACCCUCCUCAGUAUGUCUUUUAAGUGAGGCAUAUUUAGGCAUGUCUAUUAAAUGCAACCCAUUGACAAGAUGAAACACAUUAAGAUAUGUGUAUGCUGUGUGGCUUAACGUUCAUCAGGCUAGCCUGUUUUUACAUGGGCGAGAGGCACAUUCGAUGAGACAAGGCUGAACAUAGCGUCUGCACAGGGUCAUGCAACCCCAUUAAUAUUCUUCUUGGACAUGAGGUCUACAUUAUAUUCGUUUGCUUAUUAAUAUGGAUUUAACCUACAUCAAGGUCAGCAUCAGAGCAGAUAAGGUACUAGAAAAAAGGUUCAGAUUUAGCCAUACACUAUAUUCUUAUGGGCCUAGGUCAUUACAGAUGAGAUCGGCAAGCCCAUCAACAAUGUGUUUUUUCAGAGCAUUUCGUAUUAAAUCUAAAAGCUUAUGAAUAAUGGACUGGACCAUUAGAUAUAGGUUCCACAUUAGAUUAAAUGUGACCCUUGACAUCACUCCCAUAUUAGAUCAUCACAAGCCAUUUAAAACAAGGUCUACAUUAUUGGGAUUAAACCUGGAUUGAGCAUUGGCUGCUUAGGCUUCUUGAAAUGAACUUGAUGUUCACCUCUUUCCUUAUCUUCCUUUCAUUCUCCUUGCAUUACCAUCAUGUCCCAUUCCCUUUUCUCUUCUAUGCCCUUCUCUCUUCCGUUAUUCUCUCCCUCAUCCCAAUUUCUUGGGUGAAUGGUUAAUUCAUAUUGAACCCAACUCAUAUAAAGGACAAUCGUGUCUUUGAUAAUAUAAACAUUUUCACUUUUCCUCAGUAACGUUUGCAGAAAAAAGGAAAACAUUUGGUCUUUCUGUUGUUUCUUAUGUUUCUCUCAUCUAAUGAAUGCAUGGAAUUUGCAUCUUCAACUGUCACUCCCACAAACUUUAGUCCGAGGCCCUCUUUCGAAAUGGAGAUCCACUGUCUUUCUCGAUGUUACUGCUGCCUCCAAGAAGACCCAGGCUCUAGGCUCCCUCUAGGCUCUAGGAUUUCAACGAAGUGAUUACAACGUCAUAUUGUAUGAAUUAAAACCUACAGCGAAUCAUCUCUACCCAAUAGCUAGGGCGAACAGAAAAUGUUUAGCUCCCUCGUUUGGGAGAGUUUCUCAUUUGUGGAGAAGAUCUCUGUUGAGUUUGCUUGUUCUCCACCUUAUGUAAGGUAGAUUUCUCCUAGCUAAUUUUCCUGUGGCAAAUGAGGCAAUUCACUAUAAGGACAACAAGAAUGUAUGGUUAGCCCUUCAAGGGAUAUUUGAACGUGGUUGACAUUUGUGGAGCUAUAAUUGUAGGAUUAUUUUCUGGGUGAUGUCUAAGAGAAAUGGAUGAAGUUGAAAAUAGAGUGCCUUCAAAAGCUGUUGUAAACUAAAAUCUUUUUUUCUUUCACCUUCUUUCCAACAGAACUUAAAUUUAUUAUCUUUUGUUCUUUGGAGGACUCGAAGCAAUUUAAAAUAUGUUGGAAGGCAUUGGUGGGUUCAUCUUAAAAGUGUAUAAGGACGAGUAUGUAGGAUGAAGCAUACGUUGAAACGCGUCCAUUUGUGAAUUUAUUGGACACGAGGUUUAUUUUCCAAGUUGACCAAACCUAUUUAGGAUAUAUCUCCCGUUUAUGAGCCGGUUAGGUGAUGCCUGUUUGAUGAGUAAAUAAAUUUAUGAGUUUAUUGGAUGGCAUUUACUUAGGAAGGUUAUGUCGUGACACACAGUUGACAAGCUUACAGGAUGAAGGUCAUGUGGUGAGGUGGGAUGAAAGCCCAUUCGGCAACGUCAUGAGAUGAGACUCAUCCCAUCUGAGGUUUCAGCGGCAAACCCUCAUGAAUAUGAAAGGCAGCCCGUUUUCAUCAUUGUAAAAUGAGGUUCAUUUUCUAAUAUUAGGCAUAUGGGCAUUGUAAAAGUCUUUGACAGCGAUUUGGGUUGGGUUCGACCACCGGACACUAAAAGCCUUCAAAAUUUUUCAGUUCGCCCUAGCUAUUGGGUAGAGAUGAUUCGCUGUAGGUUUUAAUUCAUACAAUAUGACGUUGUAAUCACUUCGUUGAAUCCUGCAUCAGGCGUUAUUGUGUUGACCAUUCAGUCUUUGUGCUAGAGACUGGAGGGAGCCUAGAGCCUAGGACUUCUUGGAGUCUCCUUGUUUUUGGCAUCUCCAUCUCGGGGGAGUGUUGGACUUCCUUUUACAGGCGUCACUGUGUAUCUGAGGAAUAAAACCUCCCUAGGUUGGGCAUUUUCAGUCCUCAAGCCAUGCCUCCGACAAUUCAGAUUGGGGACGGAAUAACCGGGAUUGUAUAAGAGAUGACUGUUGCUUUCAAACUUUUUUUCUUUGUUUUUUUUGUUGUUGAAGGUUAAAUAGGUCACUGUUCUUCACCUUCCCCAAGUGAUCAUUGGGAGUUGCCUUUGAGAAGGAGAGGUUCCAGUGGUUCCCAUCCAUUUUCUGGGCGUUUCAGAGCAUCUUCCUCCACUUUUAGUUGUUCUAUUCAUCCCCUGAGUUGGGCGGCAGUCGGAGCAAGAAGAAUGGCCAGCCCCUCAUCAGUCCCGCCUUCCUCUUCUUUUUCUGCUUCUAAUGCUGCCGGUGCUCUUUCGUCUUCUUCAUCUAACGACGGCCAGCGAGCGAUGAUAUCCUCCAGAUGUUCGGUCUCUCCUACAUGUAGUAUUAAAGGGCUUUGGUUGCUGACAGAUGGUGAUAAAAUCAUUGAUCUCCCGUGUCAUUCAGCCUCACUGUUCCUUCAUUCCCUCCUAUCUUUCUUACCCUUUUACUUUAUUAUGUUGAUGGGUCCUCAGUUCGGGGGUCGUAAAAAGAAGCACGCAAAUAUAUGAUGGGUCUCUUGGUGGGAUUUAGAUGCGGAAAGCGGGCAAGUAAAGGCUUCCAACAUGGAUUCAAGCCUACGCCGCCGAGUUCAAUCGAGUCGAAUCUUCAAGUUGAUAGCAGCAUCUUGCCUUCCUGUCGGGGUCUGCCAUGCUAAUGCUUCCGUUGCCCUUUUGCCUGCAGAAUCCGGGCUUCGACUUUUCCCAGGCGCAGUUCACCGGAAACUGUCCCGAUCCGAGGACCUUCAUGGGCGGAAUUCGUUCAGAAUGA